GCUGCAGCCCCACAAUUGGCUCUCUCCCUCUCUUCUGGCUGGAGGACCAUAGCAGCCCCUCCCUGGGCGCACACAUCCUCCUGAGACGGAGGCAGCAACAACAGGACCCCAGGCAGCCCUGAGCCCAGGGGCUCUCCAAGCAGGUGCCUUCCUGGACAGGAGCAGUUCUGGGACUUUUGGAUCCAAGCCCUGGUAGCUGCCAAGGCCAGGAAUUGGGCAGGGCUAUCUGCCAUGGCUAAGAGCUGUGCCACAGCCUAGCCCUCUUCCGAGAUGGAUCUGAAGGUGCCCAGGAAGUCUCAUCUAAGCAAGUCCAGAAUCAAGGCCCAGGAGAGAUUUGCCAAGAACUUCCCGUACAGGCUCUCCUGGCUGUCAGAGCCUGGCCCGGAGUCACUGAAACCCUGGGAGGUCAAGAACACCACGCAGAAGGAGAAGCUGCCCCCGCAGAAGAAGCUGGUGCCCACCAGGUCCAUCCCAAUCCGAGGGCUCGGAGCUCCAGAUUUUGCAGCCUUAUGGGGCUUCUGUCCACGGCCAUCGCUCCCUCUGCCACCGCAGCUGUGUAACCUCUGGGAGCUCAAGUUACUCAGCUGUCGCUUCCCCAAACAGCUGGCUCAAGAACUGUCCCUGCUGCGUGCCCAUGCUAACCAUUUCUACAUUCCCAAGGAGGCAGCAAGGCCCUCCAGGAGCCUGGCCUAGAGCCCAGAUGCUGGCCAGGCGUCCCUCG